UGAUCUUGCAUGCAUACCUAUAGCUUACCUACAAUGCUUGCAAAGGUCUCAAACCUGUUUCUCAUACCUCCUUAAAACCCAUCUGUCAGGGAGUCUCUUGCAUGCAGACAGUAAGGCUGCCACAAGAUUACAGUUUGGGCCACGCGACAAGAAUGAGGGGCCUCAUUUUUAUUGUUGUGAACUUGGCCGUUUCAUCAGCGUUCACCAUAAAUCCAGAUGAACUAGAGAUAGGGGAAAUCGGUGGAGAAAAGAACAUCACGGACAUAAACAACGAGUCAUCAUUACCUGAUGAUAUUUUGGAGCCACCGAACCUGCAAAGGAGUGCCAUUAUUGAUGAGGACAGACUAUGGACAUCCCCGGUACCAUAUGUCCUGGAUAAUGACCUUGAGAUGAACGCUAAAGGAGUCAUCCUAAAAGCCAUGGAACAGUUCAGGCUGAAGUCAUGCAUUGACUUCAAGCCAAAGGACUCUGAGGAUUAUUACAUUUCUGUCCAAAAGUUAGGCGGAUGUUUUUCAUAUAUUGGUAAACAACUUCCCAACGGACAGACACUCUCCAUCGGGAGAUUCUGUGAUGAAAUUUCUACCGUUGAACACGAGAUCCUCCACGCUCUUGGCUUUUUCCAUGAGCAGUCCAGAUACGACAGAGAUGACUUUGUGACAAUUUUAUUCAAGAACAUCAAAGAAGGUUUUGAGAACAAUUUCAGACUUGUUGACAAGAGCAGAAGCACCACCAAUGGAGUCCCAUAUGACUACUGGUCGGUGAUGCACUACAACCAGUAUGCAUUCAACAAUGGCAGUGAGAAAACGAUUAUCACCAAAGAUCCGUCUUUCCAGGAUGUUAUUGGUCAGAGACUGGAAAUGAGUCCCAGUGAUGUUCUGGAGCUGAACCGCCUCUACAAAUGCAAGUCAACCAUUGCAUUCAAGAUGUACUGUGGCUUUUCUAACGGGACCAUGUGUCACAUGAGUAACUGUUCACAGAGUGGCAGCAGCUGGGAAAUGGUAACUCGUGCUGAUGGGGGUCCUAGCUCUGACCACACCAGUCUACCCAGUGGCAACAGUACUCCUCAGGGUCCAAACACAAGUUCAUUCAUGCAUGCUAGCACAGCAUCGGGUACGGAGGGUGACUCGGCCUGGCUCGAGACCCAAAGGAUGAGCUCCAACAGGGAAUGUCAAAUCCAGUGUCUCCAGUUCUACUAUUACCACAGCGGGAACGAGUUGGAUGUACUGAAUAUCUGGUUGAGAGAGUUUCAAGAUGAAUGGGACUCCCAGGGAUCCCUCCGCCUCGUCGGACAGAUCACUGGUCCUCAAACAUCCCACUGGCAGCUCCAUCACGUUUCACUCAACGCCACAAAGCACUUCCAGGUGGAGUUUGAGGCUCGUAAAGGAGCGGGAAGCUCUUCAGGAGGCUUCUCAAUUGAUGACAUCAAUCUGUCCGAGGUCGAAUGUCCACACGUAACCAUGCAGUUUGACGAUUUUGAGAAACUUUUGAACACUAGUAAAUAUGGAACCACCAUACUCAGCCCACGGCAGUACUCCACAGGGGGCUAUGCUUAUAGGGUUGGGAUUAAGCUGUCCAAGACAUUCGUCGGAAUCUUUGUGCAACUCUUAUCUGGAAAAAAUGACAAACAGCUGCAGUGGCCUUGCCCACAGAGGCAGGUGACCUUCCAGAUGCUGGAUCAGACCCCCAACAUCCAGCAGCACAUGUCCAAGCAAAGGAGUAUCACAACUGACCUAUCCACCAUCUCCAAUGGAGCCUUUCGUUGGGGCAACCCUCGUGACGUCGGAACUCCGUUUGUCGAUGAGAAUAAUGAAACCAUCUUCGCCGGACCUGCAAGUGGCAGAAAUUUUUUCACAGAUUUGGAAGAAAUGAGAUCAAGACAGUUCAUCAAGGGGGGGAGUGUUGUUUUUGCCUUCAGCUUCCACGAUCUCACUCCUCUGCUUAAGGGGAGCGUUCUGCCAUGUCCUAAAGUGGGACCAGUGGAGAUUAGACAUCCUCAGAGAGAUCUGAAUAAAGCCCCGUGCUCAACACGGAUAGGACCCACAUCUGGUCCUUCUCCGCCAACAACAGCAUCAACAACAACAGAGGGGGAUGACAGCAUUUUUGGCUUCUCUCCCGGUUUGCUUGCUUCUCCUGUCCUUACCUUCCUGCUGGCAUUGAUGCUGAUGACAGCUUGACAUGUGACCUCCUGCCAGGCGCAUCUCAGCUCUGCAGAGGGACAGGGCCUAAAUACUUGCCAACGGCUGAGUAAUUCAGGGAUUUUAACUUUUUUAUGAAGCUUUUUUUGCUUUCUCACUGCUUAUAUUAGCUACUAUGUGGAUAGUAUUAGAUAGAGGGUAAAGCAAUGGGUAAAGAAUGAGAUGUAUGAUAUUUGAAUAAAUACUGGUGAUAUCCUGGUUAUGAUUUGGUGUUGUGACCAUACAUAUAUGUUAGUAUUUAGAUUAUGUUUUGUGGCUUCAUCUUGAAAUUGUACCUUUUUUGUCAAUUGAGGAAAUGGGGAAAAAAAAGUGCUUUUGUAACUGGCUUUAAGAUAGGAAGGGUUGCUGUCAGUCCCUAUUUUUGUGUAUCAAGAACACAUAGAGACUGGUGGUUUUCAGUGUUUUGAGAAGUGUCUUAGCUGUUCCUGUAGAGUGCUUCUUGACUCACAGGGUAAGCUUAUUUGAAAAAUAAAGAAAAAGCCUGCAAUAGCAUGGUUAGUAUUUAAGAUUGUGUUGGAAGGAUAUAUCUUUCUCUAAAGUGGAACAUGAUUUUCUGGGAUCUUCUAGUGUGAAAUCUUCUGAAACUUUCUAAUAAAUCCUUUUCCAAGCAA